UAGCCACUGUUACAAAAUGUCUGCCCUACUGGCAAAAGCGUCGAGACAGGGCUUUUUACAAGCCAAAACAUCAAUAAGUUCGCAGGGGGCAUGUAUAUCAACUGGCAGAAGGUUUUCUAGGAAGAAGAUUGCAUUGGCAGUAGCUGGUGGGGUGUUAGGGGUUGGCUCAGUAGGAGUUGGUAUGGCCCUUCUCAGACCUGCUAAUGCGCAAGAGCUGAUCCUUCAUCCUCCCCAUUACCGCUGGGACUUCAAGGGUUAUUUUGCUGCAUAUGAUAAAGCCAGUGUACGGAGAGGCUACCAGGUCUACAAGCAAGUGUGUGCCGCGUGUCACACCAUGGAAGCUUUGUGCUACCGCCAUCUUGUGGACGUGUGUUACUCAGAGAGGGAAGCAAAGAGAGAAGCUGAAGAGGCUAUGGUAUGGGAUGGACCAAAUGAUGCAGGGCAGAUGUUUCAGAGACCUGGAAAACUCUCUGAUCCUUUCCCUAAGCCUUAUGAUAAUGUAGAAGCAGCAAAGGCAGCCAACAAUGGAGCCUAUCCACCAGAUCUUGGUCAUGUUGUCCUAGCAAGAGAAGAAGCAGAGAGCUACAUCUUCGCCCUGCUGACUGGAUACUGUGAUCCUCCUGCUGGUUAUGAAUUAGCUGAUGGCAUGGCUUACAACCCGUAUUUCGCUGGGGGCGCUAUAAGCAUGGCACAAGCACUUUACAAUGAAAUCAUAGAGUAUGAAGAUGGCACCCCUGCCACCCAGAGCCAGCUAGCCAAGGAUGUAGUGACCUUCCUGUCUUGGGCCUCUGACCCAGAUCUGGAGCAGCGUAAAAAAUUUGGUAUAAAGGCUGGGGUAGUCCUAUUCCUGAUGACACCUGUAGCCUUUUACUACAAGCGUUUCAAGUUUCACACCCUGUACACACAGCAAAUUUUCUGGAAAAAGGGGAAGUAACAUCAGUGAACUUAGGCAAAAUAAUUUAGGGGUGAAAAUAUGCUUUACAAAUUUCAAAACAAACGAGACAUGGUAAAGCCUUUCUUUGGGACUGGUCAGACACAGAUCAUUUGGAUGCUAGAAAUAAAAUCAACAGAGAUACUGGCUUGAAUUUGAGCCUUGGAAUAUGGCAUGUGUACAUAAUGUAAUUACUGACUGGACGGCAUCAGGUAUUAAGUCUUAUAAAAGGAAAUGCAAGUUGGAUCAGAAUUUGGCUGGUUUUAAAACAACUCUUGUCGGAUAAUCCUCUGCAUUUACUUAAUGUGUAGUGAUAUUUAUUUUCAAACUGGUACGGAGGUCUUUCUCAUGGACAACAAUGGGCCAAAACAAAUUAAAAAUGUUGUUUUUCUAGACGCAUUGAUUUUUAGAAUGAUUGUUAAGAGUGAAGUGAUGUACCUGUUAAAACCACAUUAAUAGUUCUACGAGAAAUGUCUUAUAUUUGCCGUGUUGUAUGAAAGAUCUUGUUCAGAGAAGUCGGAACCAAACCGGAGUGUCAAUAAAUGCAUCUUCUUUUA